CUAUCGUAAACAAUGGCGAGAGAAGAGAAGACAAGCUGGAUGUUGACCGGCGCCACCGUCGUCUGUGUUCUCGCUCUCUAUGUGCCGCGCGUGCAGAAGACAGUCCCCGGUGGUGAUUCAGGAGAGCUGAUCACCACUGCCUGUGAGCUGGGGGUGGCUCACCCUCCCGGAUAUCCGCUUUUCACUCUGUUAUCGCGCCUGGCUAUGUGUCUUUUGCCCACACUCUCACCAGCUCACAGUAUCAACCUAAUGACCAGCUUGCUGGGGGCAGUGGCAUGUGGCAUCCUCUGCAUGACUGUAUGCAGGUUGAUAGGUCCUGGUCCUGGAGCAGUACUGGCUGGAGGAGUAUUUGCCGUUUCUAGGCUGAAUUGGCAGUGGUCAAUGGUCGCAGAGGUUUUCACCCUCAACAACCUUUUUACUGGGUUGCUCUUCCUGUCUGCUGCUAGCUUUCACUUGGCUAAGAAUGCAUCAGAGAGGCGAAAGCGUUCACAGAGGGGGGCGCUCUGCUGUGGGCUGGGGCUAUGCAACCAGCAUACCCUGGCGCUGUAUGUAAUUGUAGUCAUCCCAUGGGUCUUCCAUAGACUCCACUCAAACAGGGAGCUGUCUCUGCGUAGCCUCAUGUCAAUGGGACUGUGUUUCCUACUAGGCUUAAUGCCUUACAUCUUCCUUCCUUUAUCCUCCUAUGCAAACUCAGCCCGUUGGAGCUGGGGGGACCAGACCACCGUGUCAGGUUUGCUAACCCACCUGCUCAGGAUUGAAUAUGGGACUUUCAGUCUGGCAAAGACAGAGAGCUCUGUUAACAUGACCUUAUUACUCAAGGCCCAGUUGGACCACUGCCUGGCAGAUCUCUCUCUUCCUGUUGUAUCUCUGGCAGGAUUAGGCCUCCUUCUUUCUUCAACGGAUAGAACAUGUCGCUCCAUGUCCUGGCUGUUGACUUCUAUGUUGCUCAUAUACUCAAUGUUUUUUGCCUGGAGGGCAAACUUGGACAUCAGUAGACCUUUACUGCUUGGAGUGGUGGAGCGUUUUUGGAUCCAGAGUGACGCUAUAGUGUGUUUGCUGGCUGGCCUCGGCUUCGGCCUGGCCUUCAAUGUGCUGGAGCGGAUGCUAGGCCAUGGGGGGUUUUGGAAGACCGCAGCCUGGAUCCUUACCACGGUUCUACUAGCACACAUGGUGCACAUUAACCACAGGGAAUGUGACCAGAGCAGCAACAGUGUGGUGGAGCGAUUUGGCAGGGAGCUUUUAGCUUCCUUUCCAAAAGAUUCCAUCAUUCUGACCAGAGGAGACCUGCCGGGAAACUCCCUACGCUACCUGCACUACUGUCUCGAUGUACGACCUGAUGUGCGCCUAGUCGACCAGGAGAUGAUGACAUACAGUUGGUAUGUGGAAAAGCUGGGGGCUCACCUCCCUGGUGUGAACUUUCCCGGCCACCAAUGGGACCCAGUCCACUUAAAGGAGAACAACACCUUCAAUCUGGAGCAGUUUCUGAUCCACAACUCCCAGAGGGACGUGUUUGCCUGUAUUGGGCUGAAUGACGGUGACCCAAGCUGGGGACGCAGCUUUUCUCGCUGGCCUUUUGGUGUCUGUGACUUUUUGGUACCCGCUCGGAGGCAAUUUCGCCCUAAAGAGUGGGCGAAUCGCACACACAGCCUUUAUAACUGGAGUGAACCACACAACCGUUUUCACUCUGCAUCCUGGGAGCGUGUGGCAAACGAAGAGAUGUGGCAAGCCAGGAUGAAGACAGCUUUCUUUCUGUUUGACCUGGCAGAGCGGAUGCAGGGCGAGGGCAAAUCUGACCUCUUUGAGCUGUCUUACACUCUGUAUAAAGCGCUUGUGGAGUCCCACUCUAAUUACCCCACAAACUGGGACAAGAACCUGGCACUGGCCUGCGAGCGCCUGCUCCGCUCAGGUCACCCAGGACACAGUCCGGACGGCCUGCUGACCUGCAGCAUCCAGCACUUUACCCUUUAUUUGGACAGAGAACCGGCAGACUCGCAAGCGUCUGCCAUACGUUCAGCUGUCGCCCACCUGCUGAAAGAAAGACACCGGCACCAUCAGGAACUCGGGCAAACUACCUGA